AUGGGAGCGGGCAAGGCCGCCCAAAGCCGUGAACUGGCUAGUUCGUUGUGUACAAUGUACAAUAGUCUGCGCAUUAUCGUUGAUGACGAUGGACUACGGUACGGUAGGGUAUUCAUUCCGUGGCAGCCAUGUCGAUGGAAGUGCUCUGGACAGGCGGGCAAUCUUGCAACCAUGUCGACGGAAGUGCUCUGGACAGCCGAGCAAGGCUUUGUUGCCUCUUUGCUACCUACCUACUGUACCUACUACCUUCUCCGCGCAAUCGGACGUAAUGCAAAAGCAUAG